AUGCAGCGCCUGCGCACCACAUUCAAAAGGUCUCGCACGCCCACACCCGCCGACAUGAAGACGCAAAGCAGCCUCGAAGUGCCCAAGCAGGUCCGGUCGGCGUCAUUCGAUGAAAUACAGUUGGAGGCUGCGCGCGGCGCGAGCACCAGUGGGUUACUUGCGGUGCCGCAACCAGGCGCGCGCAGCCGCUCCUUUGACUCCGCCGGAUCAGACGACUCUGGCACUUAUCUUGAAGUCCCUCGUAUCUGGUCGAGACGUCGGUCAGGCAAAGGCACUCCACCACCAUGCGUGCAUUGUCGACAUAUGGAAACAUGGCUAGCACGCCGUAGCGAAGAACGUGUCACGCCUGAACGACCGCUCGCUUCUUCAUCGGCUGAGGAUGAUGAUGACGAAGAUGAAAGUGAAUGUGAAGCUCCACGAGUGUUACUCGCUCCACCUCCGCCUCCAAGAACUAUUAGGCCACCACCCCCACCACAGUCACCACCUCCGUCACCCGGCGCUCCAUCGUUUGAACUGCAACCGCCGAGCGAUGAGCCACCUAUUUUGCCUCAGCGACGACGCUCCAUAUCAAGACAAGAAGCAUUUUUUGUUGAACCCACGGGCAGUUCUUUGGAAAAUGUGAGAGCUUCAGAAGAAGGCGCGACCAAUGUCGCAAGAGAUACUUUAGUCCACGAUAUUUAUUUAGCUGUACCUGAACUUAAACGUGAUCGUGCGGCGUCAGUGGAUUCUUGCUUCUCAAAAGUGUCUGGUGGUCCGAGAGCUGAAGAAAUAAAUGGCACGGGAAAUAAUUUGACAGUUCCGGGGACUGGAUUACGCUCGAGAUCGGUAGAUAUCGUUUUACCGACGGCUGAGCAGUCUCGUUACAAAGCACUAGCAUUAACUUCAGCACAAGUGCCGCCUCCACUUCCAACACAAGCCCAAGAGCCCGAAGAAUCAAUACCUGCACCACCUGUUCAACCAGAGACCAGUUGGAAUUGA